UGCAGGGAGGAGCGUCGAGCGCGCAGCAUCCGUCUCAACUGCGUUCAAAUCCAGCCAUACACAGCACUUUUUCCGACUUUCUUCACUGAAUACACCAAACCUUGACAACCUUCCCUUCUUUAAUCAUGAUUAUCUGUGGAGACUGAGCGCCGACGGAGCGGGAAUAUAAAACCUUUGACCGCAUCGCCAAUUCACAGCAUCGGGUUUCUGCGCCAAGAAAUGAUCCGUUCAACUGACUGAACCGCCGGUAAAAGUGGAUGAGGAUUUGCUGGUCAUGCUGCGCUUAACAGCAACUGCAGAAGUCUUUAAAUAAAAAGAAAGAGAAAAUCGAAAGAGAGAAAGAGGCAGUGAGGCACCGUUAUCAUGUCUCGCCAUCACAGCCGAGCCACCAGCCUGGAGGAGAAGGGUGCCACGCCCAUUCACAAGAGCUCCACCUCUUCACACAAGAGCUCCACCCCCACACACAAGAGCGCAUCCUCGUCCUCUUCCUCUCAGAGAGACAGUCGACAGGAAACGGAUAGCUGGGAGAUCAUUGAGGGGCUGAAGAUCGGACAGAGUCACAUUCAGAGACCUGAGAAACAUGAAGGUUUCAUGCUGAAGAAGAGAAAAUGGCCUCUGAAGGGCUGGCACAAGCGUUUUUUUGUUCUGGAUAACGGGAUCCUCAAAUACUCCAAGUCUCCUGUGGAUAUUCAGAAAGGAAAGCUUCAUGGCAGUAUAGAUGUGGGACUGUCUGUGAUGUCCGUCAAGAAAAGAGCUCGCCGCAUCGAUCUGGACACAGAAGAGCACAUCUACCAUCUGAAGGUGAAGUCUCCAGACGUUUUUGACAUCUGGGUGUGCAAGCUCCGCAAUCAUCGCUUGUUCCGUCAGAACGAGAUCGUCCGCUCUCCUCGUGACGCUACGCUACGGACUUUCCCUCCGUCUGCCAGCGCCGAAUCUCCCCAGACCACCCCCUCCAGCGCACACCAAAGCAAGGUCAAACCCGGCAGUCUGUCGUGGCAGCUUCCUCCGUCCUGUAGUAAUGGUCAGAGCAAAGUAGCCGCUUGGUUACAGGAGUCAGAGGAGAUGGACAAGUGCACAGAAGAACUCGCCUACUGUCAGUCUAGUCUUCUGGAACUGAAUCAACUGCUGCAAAGUCUGGAGAUCCUUCAGAGGACACAGUCAGCUCCAAACUUCACCGACAUGCAGAGUAACUGUGUUGAUUUGAGAAAGAAAGAGAAGCGAGGCAGCAGAAGAUGGAGGACUAAAAGUGUCAGCAAAGAUGCAAAAUUACAACUGCAGGUCCAGUCCCUUCUUCAGUCACACAGUGUGAAAGUUCCGUUGAGCGCCAGUAUGUCUCAAGUGCGUCUCCACUCCUCGAACCCAAACCUGUGUGCGGAGCUGGGGGAUUUUCAGACCCCCGUCACACGUCUGAUCGACGGCGCCGGUGACUACAUCAAACUGCAGGAGGAUUUCUGCAUCGUCGCUCAGAAAGUGCACUCUCUGCUGAAGUCGGCCUUCAACACUGUGGCCAUAGAGAAAGAGAAGAUAAAGCAGGUGUUGCUGGAACAAGAGCAGACCGGCCAACCAUCACACGUGAUGACCCUUCGCCGCUCGCUGUCACAGGCCUUGUCGCAGAACGUUGAGCUGAAGAGCCGUCUGAACCGGAUUCACUCCGAGUCGGUUCUGUCCGAGCAGGUCGUGAGCGUGAACAUCAUCAGCAGUCCAGAUGAGGCAGGUGAGCCGCUCCACGUGGGCGUCCCUCUGUCCCAGCAGGUGUCCAAUGAGAGCAGACUGUCAAUGUCCGAGUCUGUGUCUGAGUUCUUCGACGCUCAGGAGGUUCUUCUGUCAGCCAGUUCCUCAGAGAACGAGGCCUCUGAUGAUGAGUCUUACGUCAGCGAUGUGAGCGAUAACAUUUCAGAGGACAACGCCAGCGUCACAGAUAGUGUUUCCAGACAGAUGCCGAACGGAGAUCUGACCAGCGGUGCGCUCCGUAACGGGAGGCGUUCGUGUCUCCCGGCCCCCGCCCCUGACACGGCCAACAUUAACCUGUGGAACAUCCUGAAGAACAACAUCGGGAAAGACCUGUCGAAGGUGUCCAUGCCGGUAGAGCUGAACGAGCCGCUCAACACGCUACAGCACAUGUGUGAAGAGCUGGAGUACACGGAACUGCUGGAUAAAGCCGCUCACACGGACGACCCAUACGAGCGCAUGGUUAUCGUGGCAGCGUUUGCGGUGUCAGGAUACUCGUCCACCUAUUACAGAGCAGGAAGUAAACCCUUCAACCCGCUGCUGGGAGAAACAUACGAGUGUGUGCGUGAAGACAAGGGCUUCUGCUUCUUCUCUGAACAGGUGAGCCAUCAUCCGCCCGUCUCCGCCUGUCACUGUGAAUCACAGAACUUCACCUUCUGGCAGGAUGUCAGAUGGAAGAAUAAGUUUUGGGGCAAGUCUAUGGAGAUCCUGCCCAUUGGAACCAUCAAUGUCAUGCUGCCCAGUUACGGUGAUCACUAUGAAUGGAACAAGGUGACGACAUGUGUUCACAACAUCCUCAGCGGGAGACGCUGGAUUGAACAUUACGGAGAGAUUACCAUCAGAAACACACGCAGUCCAGCCUGCAUCUGCAAACUCACCUUUGUUAAGGGAAAUUACUGGAGCUCUAAUGUGAAUGAGGUGCAGGGAUCUGUGAUGGACCAGGACGGCAAAAUCAUUCACAGACUGUUUGGCAAAUGGCACGAAGGUCUUUACUGUGGGGUUCCACCUUCGGCUAAGUGCGUCUGGAGACCAGGUUCGAUGCCCACAGAUUAUGAGCUGUAUUACGGCUUCACCAGGUUUGCCAUAGAACUCAAUGAGCUUUUCCCAGAGCUGAAGGAACUUCUGCCACCGACAGACGCCCGAUUCAGACCAGACCAGAGGCAUCUGGAGGAAGGUAACGUUCAGAUGGCGUCAGCUGAGAAACACAGAAUCGAAGAGCAGCAGAGAAACAGGAGGAAAUGGAUGGAGGAGAACGACAUAAGACAGCACCCACGGUUCUUCAAGAAGGUUGUGGACAGUAACCAGAGGGAGAGAUGGGUGUCCAACAACACAUACUGGGACCUGCGCAAGGACUCUGGAUUCAUGAAACUAGAGAACCCUCAGCUGUGGUAGAGUCCAGUCGCUACAGACGCUUACUGCGCAGACGUCAGCAGAAGAGGACCGGCCCGGAGACUUUCCUCUAGAUUCUAUCCGCAGAACACAACAUAUCAACCAGAAACGACUCUCCACAUCGUCACGUCCGUCAUCUCCAUAGUAACGCACACAGAUGCUGCUGUCGUCAGGGCAACGGUUAGAGCUGUCCACACGAAGCCGGUCGUCCUCCCUCAUAUGUCCUUGCCUUAAGAAUUCGCUUCUCAACGACAGUUUUCAUGAAACAACACGAUAAUGGGUCAUGACGUCUAGAGAACAUUCUGCAUGUGUAGAUGGCAGCUUUCAUUGAAAAUAUCACAAACCAAAACUGCGUUUGGGGAUAUUUCGGUCAAACGAAUAGCUCGGACAGUUAAUGGAGCGCAGUGAUUGGCUGAUGAGCGUCUCUCUUGAGAAGAGUGAAUGUACUGUGUUGCGGAUGCUUUCAUGCGUGUGAACACCUCACAUUUCAAACCUUUCCAAAGAAUCAAAGUGAAUGAGUUGUUAUAGUAACCUGCUGCUGAUGCUGAGAGACACACAACAAUGUGCAGCAGAGACACAAAAGAGACCUCCCUCCCUCCCACCCUCCGUCUGCAGCUGCUAUUUUGUUUUUCAUGUAUUAAACUCAACUGCAGAAAUACUACAUGUACAGUUACGGUUGGCCCCAUCAGCCAGCCGCCGUCCAAUAAACUGCUGCUAGACAGGACGUCCCGCCCCAUUCAGGCACUGCACUCCACGUGAUGCCCCAAUGACCAGCAGAAGUCAAGGGUCACUUUUAACAUUGAAACCAUAAAACUUCAUUGUACAGACAGUGUAAGGUGUGAAAACUCUGCAGACGGCAGCAGUGGAGCCUCCGCUGGCGGUUCAGCGUAAUUACAUUCAUCACAAUCUUGGCUAGCAAAGGCUUUACUGCAUCACACUGUAUACGCUCUACUGCACUGUCGUUAAAAACAAAUGUGUUAAAUUACUGUCACGUGAUGAUGUAAUUCAGCGAGUGUCGUGCAGGUACCACGUCAUCAAUGCGCUUGAUUUGCAUUUGAAACAAUUUGUAUACAAAUAUUUUCAGUUUGCGUUGUGGGAAACGGUAUUCUAUGCAGGAUACUAUAUUGUGAAUAUGUGCAGAACACUUUCAUACUAGGCACAGUAUGCUUUCUGUCUGUUUAUCAUUUAUCCGACAGUCAUGACUACUAAAAACACAAAAUUUCAUGUCCAAAAAUGGAAAGUUUGCUCAUGUGACACAACACUGUAGCAAACAGACCACUGGUGCAUACUGUUAUCCAUCCAUAGUAGGCAGUGUACAGUUUGUAGGGCACAGUAUGAAGCAGUAAUAGUUGUGUAUUUAUAUUCUGAAGUUCUUGUUCUGGAUGGGACGUCAGAUUUGCUCGUACUGUCAAUCAACCUCGUUCAUGAAAAUCACCAUUCUUAGAUAAACGCGUGAAUGGAAGGUUGUUUUACACCAACAUCACGGCGGAUAAAGAACUGCGCAGAUUCUAAUAGUUUUUUGUCUAUAAGCUGAAGUCAAUGAGAUUUUAUUCGCUCUCUUGUAGUUUUAGUGUAAUGCUGGUAGAUGAGUGAAAAAGCCAAACACAGUGUAGAGACGGUGACGGAGCAGAUGGUGUCUCCUGUAUCUCACUGUUUGAGUCCUUCACUGUGCCUUAACAUAUGUAUAAAACCAUAUCCACACAAACCGAGCAGCGUCCAUCACUGAAAUCUCAACACGCUUGAGCCCGUUUCUAAAAACUCAUCAUAUACUGGACCGAUGUGAAGGACGGAGAGACUCGUGCAGAAUUCAUUUCUUUUACUUUCACAGAAAAACCAGGGUCUCCAGAAGUACACAAAAGUUUGGAAAAGAUUCUUGAUUUUUCAGAAGAUUAUUUAUAUCAUUGGUUUUCUCUGUUGCAUGAAGACAGCGAGUGACGAUCUCUGAUGCCUUAUACAGAUGUUGAUGUUCUGUACAGCAGGAACGUGUGACUUUGGUUGAGAUGUUUUUCGUGUGUUCACGGGUGCUUGCUCUCAUAGAUGACUGCUCUUGUUAAGACACCCAUGAUGAAACCUCUCUAGACCUGCUGUUUCACAUUUACAUCCAUAUAAAGAGAUACAUAUUUAUGUUCAAAGCCACUAUUGUGUGUCUGCUGUUCAUUAAUAAUCACAAAACAGUUGUGACGUUUCUUAAACGAAAUGUCUUCAACUAUGAUGAAGACAUAGGAUCUUGAAAAGGCUCUUUUGGUCUCCUGGUAUUUAUAUCAAUCAUUAUUAUGUAAUGUUAAAUCAAGGUAAGACACAAACACUGAUAUCAUUGUACUACUAAAAUAAUGUACAAAGUUUAUUUGACUAGCAUCUGUGCUACUAAAUGGAGGAAAUGAAAAUCCACAGGACUGAAACACUUUGUAACUUUAGUUUCAUACAGUUUCUUUUCACGGUAAGUGAUUUUCCACAUUUACUAGAACUGAACUUAAGCAAAAAAAAAACUCAAAAUAAAUACUAAAACCAAGUCUGCAAUCAAGAAACAUUAGGUAAAGAACUGAGCAAAUAUAGAUUAGGUAAAGCGUUUAUAGCAAGUGACAUUCAAUUUUCCUUAUAUAGCGUUUUUCACUAUGUGCAUUGUUCCAAAGCAGCUUUACAGGAAAAAAAGAAAAGGUAUAAACACAGCGUAUGGUGUUAAUAGAACAAGUGAGAUCAUUCUGAUCAAUAAUAUCUAAAAUCAGCAGUCUCCCAGUGAGCAAGCCAACACGGCCCCGUGGGGAGGAACCCAAACUCCAAUGAGAAAUAAAUUAACAGAAACCAGACUCAGCCGGGAGGACCAGAUCUCCUCUGCCGUGUCACAGCUGCACUCAGUCACUUUGAUUAAAAGUUACAGAGCAAACUUUUAUGGAGCUUUAGGGAGAGCUUAUUAGUUGUGAUUUAGGAAAUUUAAUUUGUUGGAGACUAAUUUUGUGAUCAAUAUCACACAAAAGAGGAAUGCUAUAAGCAGAGAAAAUACUACUGGCAUAAUGUAACAAUGUAAACUCAAACUCCGGUCAUGUGAUGUAAGUUUAUCAUUAAAUAUCAAGUAUUGUAAAUUUAGCAUUAGUGAGGAGUAUUACAUAAAAUAAAUACUAAAGACUGUAUAGAUUGCUGUCUGACAGCACGAUAAUGGGAACAAGCGUAAUGGUAAACUUGUUUAAUUAUUUCAUUUAAAAACAAAGUGCCACUACAAACAAAUAAAAACAAUAAUUCAUGAUGUUUGCGCGGUCUGAAUCAGUAAGCUAACAACAACAGGUGACAAAUGCAUGAAUGUAACGGGAGCUCUGAAGCCUCUCGCUCGACUCAGAAUCUGAUCCUUCAUGACUGACCCUGGAGCUCGUGCACAAAGAUGUGACGCUCACACCGAGAGCAUAAUAUAACCUUCACAGAAAAACAAUGAGAAACAUUUCACAAACAAUAUCCACUAUAAAAAAUAAAUACAGUGAUGCAUUUACAAACACACUUUAUGAAGUGACAUGGUGGAAGGAUCUUCGUUCCCUCACAGCUGAUUUGUCCAGUGUCGGUUGGCCAAACUAGUUUGCUAAAACAAAAGCUAAAAGUCUUGUGGUAUAAGCUGACCUAAACACAGCUAUGUUUAUUAAAAGUGUAGCAGUAGAUGCUUCGUGUCAGUGUCACACAGCUCAUGUAAGCUUCAGGUCAGUAACAGAUUACAGAUUCACAACGAGCACAAGACUUUCUCAUUUCAGCUUUCUGUCGACCUGCACGUCUGUUUGCAUUACGCUUUUAAUAAAGUGACAAGAAGUUGAUCCUU